AUGAAAUACCGUACCUCAGAGAAAGACGAGGUCUUAAACCGAAGCCUUGAACAGCUCAACCAACGCGCCAUGGCAAGCUCUUCCUCAUUCAACACGAAUCCCCAUUCUCAAACAUUUCAGAAGCUCUUUCAAAAAUGUUUGCUGAAGCGAUCGGAUGUGGAGCACUUCGAGAAAUAUACCACCCAGCUCCUCCUUAAAGCACCUCUGCAACCUCCCGCGAUAUGUGCAGAAAUACUAUCACCCCAGCUCACUGCAAUCGUUGACCCAUUGCACCUACAAUAUGUCCAGCGCCUUGUUGAAAAGGACAUAGUCAGCCUCGCGGAUAUCCUCCUCGCUCUACUACGGACCUCUCCCGCCAGGUCCACAGCGUCUACAUCGCCUGAUGCUACUAACAGUGGAGGAAAUAGAGAAGUUCUGGAAACGGAUUUAUUUCUUGUCCUGGCAACCGUGCUGGGAACCAAAAAGCCGAAAUCCUCUGACUCGGUAUGGAGCGCGGUCCAAGUGCUGAGCGACUGGAUGGAGGCUGUUAUGGCCGUAUCAGGAACAGGAAUGAUGUUGGAUGAUGCCGGAACAGGGGAUAACGUGGAAGGGAUGCCGGGCUCUGGAAGUGAGGGCAAAGGUCGGAGAGAGGCAUUAGCAGAGCUGGUGAUUGCGCUUGGCGGGAACGUGGACGCUGGAAGAAUACUGGGAGAGGGAGGUAGAAAGGAGAGAAGGCUGAUGUUCCAAACUAGUUUGAGUCUGUUUACGCAAUAUAUUCAGGCGCAAAAUCCGAGCCUCGCGCAAAGAAUGGAGAGUUUGUUCAGGCAAAACCAGUCCCCCAGACAGAACCGGUCCAGCGGGCGGGCCGGUAAGAAUGCCGCUGGGAACGAAAUUGAUGGGAUGAUGAUGGGUAUGGGAGACGGCGGAGAUGGCGCAGGAGGACCAGUUGUAUGGUCGAGAGGAGGCCUAUUCGUGUGGCUCAAUGCGCUGUUAGUUGGAAGGCCACAGGUAGAUGAUGAGGCAGUAAUUGGAUAUCUGUACAGCAGAUACAGGGAGGAUACAAGCACUCUCCUUACAGACUUUGUUACUGCCGUCCUUGAUACCAUCUCCAAUGCAAUCCUCCGUAACGAACCUGCGAGCACUUUGUUUCUUCAUCGUUCCUUCCUUACGAAUAAGGUCCCCAUCAUACUUGCCCGUCUCUCUCCAUCAACUCUUACUGCAUCGUUCGCACUCAGCCAAGCGCUUCUUCGGACUGACCAAUCCACCCUUACCAACCUGACUCCUUCUUCUUUCGAUCCGUAUGCCCAUAACACUACCACAAAUCCAGACAUGCUCUUCAAUGGCGAUCUUCCGGUUGACCUCCGCCAAGAGCUUUUAUUUGCGUGUGCGCUUCACGGGGUAGUUGGCGAAGAAGACAUUCAGGGUAUACUCGGGGAGCUACCACUCGGGGCUUUGCCGGUGGCAGGAAGAUACGAGCUUAGCGAUCUAGUAAAUUCGUGUACUCAAGACCCAGAUCGAGUCGAGAGAUUACUAGAGGAGAUCGAAGGGGUUGAAGGAAACUCUGGAGCAGUGGUGAGAACUGUAGUAGAGAUAAUGAGAGGCAUGUGUGAACAAAAGGAAACAAUGCCCCUGAGGAAUGUAUGCUCCUUUUUAACAAGGAAGACUAGUAGCUUGGAUGUUAUGUUGCUUUUUGUCAAACCAGAGUAUCUUCUCGAGCCGCUAUGUGAGUUAUUGGAUACAUGGCGAUAUGAGGAGGAUCAAAGUGAAUAUCAACCAAUAUAUGAGGAGUUCGGCUACAUCUUACUUCUUGUCCUAACAAUAAUACAUCGUUACGACCUUUCUCUCUCUGAUCUCUCCGCCUCUGGAACUCCGAAUAAUGAUUCUUUUAUUCCGCAAUUAUUACCUAGAGAGGCAACCUCUCAACGCAUCGAGAAUCUAGGAAGCUCAGACAAGCAUGCACAGCUUGGAGGAUGGAUCCGUGAGAUCUUUGAGGGUGAAGGCAUUUCUGAUGGUCUUAUGAGCUCUUGUAGACCGCAAGACUUUUACAGGCUUGUCCCCACAUUAUUCAUGCAAAGUGUGUUAGCAUGUGAAAAGGGUGUACUCGAGUUAGAUACACUAAAAGAAGGUUUUGCGUUUCUUCUUGAGCCCUUUCUACUCCCAUCCCUAGUUUGUGGAUUAGGUUGGUUGGGUAAUCAUCUCUGGGAACAUCAUGAGGAUAUCACAACUCCCCUACAGAUACUCCACUCUCUUCUGAUUGUCCCAAAUAUCUCCCCCGAGGCAGCAGAGGUCCACCGCACAGUCGUUUCGAUAUCUGCCCGACAAAUAGAUCGUGUCCUCCGGGAACUUAUCCGCCGUGGGACCACGGGAUCUCAGCACAAGGUUGUGGAGCAGAUUGUAUCUAAUCUUCAACCAUACACGUCAUUCAAACGAGCUGGCACCGCGACAAGAGAGGAACUGGAGAACUGGACACACCAUGCAGGUGGCGGGGGCUUGAUCCAGAGUCUUGGAAUCGCCUUUCAGAAUCUUGUCACCUGGAGCGUAAGCCAGGGCGAUAUCAACAUUGCUCGCCCAGCAACGACGUACACCCAUCGCCUCAUCCUUUCGGCAUGGAGAGUUCUUGGGGCAAAGACCGUAGUCCAGGGAAUUAUCGGCGAGGUUGUCAAAUGUCGAAUGCAGGGUACCGCACCCGGAUACGCGGAGGACGUCGCAGUGUCCUUCAUUCUUUCCGUCGGGGCGAACUCCGGUGAGGAUAGCGGUAACGGGCGAAUGGGGCUUCUUGAAUCACUACGAGCCGAGGAAGCUGAAGAGCGAGGGAGCGAUAACAUCAGAGCCGAGGCUGUGAGGGGCGUACUGAGAAGAGUAGAGAGGCAAAUGUCACCAUUUAGCCCGGUACAACAUCACCACGCAAAUGUUGGCGGGGCCCCAGGAAACGGAGACGUGGGUGACGGAGGAGUUGGGGACGUCGAGGUUGACCUUGGAGGUGUUGAUUUGGGAAUGGGAGAUGAUAUGGGUAUGCUGGGUGAUGGAGACUUGAUGGCUGGUCAUGAGCUUUUAGGUGAUGUUAGUGGGAUGGAUUUGAGUUGA